AUGGCGAACUGCGUCCUUAGACGGGCCGUCCCGCAACCAAUGCUCGCCGCCUCGCCGGCGAUCAAAGGGUCGUCUGCUUUUAGAGGCGUUCCCGUCGUCAUGCGCGUUGCGCCGAGCCGCGAUCUCAAGGGCCGGCUUGUAUGGCGCUGCGAGGCUGCAGCUGGCGCUUCGGCGACAGCCGCAGCAGCAGCGACUACCAGCUCCGCAUCGUCGCAGGCGACAGCGUCGUCAGCAGGGAGGAGUCGCCAGCGCGACAAUGUGCGACUGGCGCUGCCGAGUAAAGGUCGCAUGGCGGAAGACACGCUCGCGCUCCUCAAGGAGUGCGAGCUGACCGUGCGAAAGCCGAACCCUCGCCAAUACAUCGCCGAGAUCUCCGAGAUUGAGGGCCUGGAGGUGUGGUUUCAGCGCGCGUCGGACUGCGUGAGGAAGCUGCUGAGCGGUGACGUGGACAUGACUAUCGUGGGAUACGACAUGGUGAAGGAGUAUGGCAAGGACGACCCCAACCUGGUCAUCGUGCACGACUCCCUUGGCUUCGGCAAGUGCCACCUCAGCAUUGCCGUGCCGUCAUACGGCAUAUUCGAGCGAGUCAAUUCCAUUCAAGAUCUCAUCGCCAUGCCUCAGUGGUCCGCUGACAACCCCCUCCGUAUAGUCACAGGCUACACCCAUCUAGGUCGCCGUUUCUUUGACCAGCUUGGCUUCCCCCACGUGCACCUCUCCACAGCUGAUGGCGCCCUCGAGGCUGCUCCCGCGAUGGGCACGGCAGACGCGAUUCUGGACCUGGUCAGCACAGGCACGACGCUCAAGGAGAACAACUUGAAAGAGCUCAAGGGGGCGGACGUGCUCAAGAGCCAGGGCGUGUUUGUGGUGAGCAGGAGGGCGUUGGAGGAGAGGGAGGGGCUGCUGGGGAUGACCAAGGAGAUGCUGGAACGCAUUGAGGCGCACCUGUGCGCGCGCGACCAGUACAUUGUGACGGCGAACAUGAGGGGGCUAUCAGAGGAGGACGUGGCACACAGAGUGCUCGAGAACACCUCCUUCCCUGGCCUGCAGGGUCCCACCAUCUCACGAGUGUACUCGCGGGGUGACGACUCGUCAGAUGGCGCAGCGGGCAUCAAGGUGGAUUACUUCUCAGCCACUGUCGUGGUGCCGCGCGCCCAGAUCUACAAGUCUAUCAGAGAGCUGCGCAAGGCUGGUGGAAGUGGAGUGCUGGUAACACCUGUUACAUAUAUUUUCGAUGAAGAGCCUAAGCGUUGGAAGAAGCUGCUCAGCGAAAUCGGUCUUUAG